AUGAUGUUAAUCACAGACGACUGGAAUGACUGCGCUGAGAAUGAUAUUGACAUGCGCGUGAUGACAGACAAGGCAAAGAUAUCAGAUCGUAUCACUAAUAUGAUUUUCAUCCUUCACACGGUGACUAAUACUGCAUAUGCCCUCGGAACUGUUAUCGCUGAUGUCGAUAUUACAGACAAAAUCGAGCUGCCGCUUAUCAACAAAUUAGAGCUUCCCUUCAGUGUUAAUACGCAACGAACGUAUAGAUUAGUGUUAAUCAUAGAAUUUAUACACAUGAUUUUUACAAAUUGGGUGUCUGGAGUUAUAAACAUCAUAUUUUUGGCUAUGGUUAUACAUACAGGUGGUCAAAUGGAUGUUCUGCAACGUUUCUUGGCAGAAUUUACUCCCAAUGAAAUUGAAAAUAAGAAAAAAUCUGUCGUUAUCACAGCUAUUGGUAGUGCUGAUUUUGUGGAGCAAAUGACGAAAUGUGUUUUAUUUUUCAUAAUAACAAACAUGGAGGCAUUCAUAUUUUGUUACGGCGGAGAAUAUUUAAAUAGUAAGAGCAAAGAGAUCGGAUUUGCAACGUACAAUUGUGCAUGGUACAAUUUGAAAUCUAAGCACAGUCGCAUUUUGUUACUCGUAAUAUUACGGUCACAGGAACAAUUAACGUUAACAGCUGGCAAGAUAAUGGAUCUCACAUUACAAUCUUUUACAAGUCUUGAUCGAAUAAUCGUCCACAGAAAAUUCAUGGAGACUAUGAUGUUAAUCACGGACGACUGGAAUGAUUGCGCUGAGAAUGAUAUUGGCCUGCGCGUGAUGACAGACAAGGCAAAGAUAUCAGAUCGUAUCGCUAAUAUGAUUUUCAUCCUUCGAACGGCGACGAUUACUGCAUAUUGCCUCAGAAAUGUUAUCACUGAUGUCGAUAUUACAGAUAAAAUCGAGCUGCCGCUUAGCACCAAAAUAGAGCUUCCUUUCAGUAUUAGUACGCAACGAAUGUAUAGAUUAGUGUUAAUCACAGAAUUUAUACACGCGAUUUUUGCAAGUUGGGUACAAUGUGUUAUAAAUAUCAUAUUUUUGGCUAUGAUUUUACAUGUAGGUGGUCAAAUGGACAUUCUGCAACAUUGGUUGGCAGAAUUUAUUUCCAAAAAACAUGAAAUUAAGCAAAAAUCUGUCGUUAUCACAACUAGCAAGAUUAUUUUAAAACAUCAAAAAAUUAUUCAAUUUUCAGAAAAUAUCGAAAGCAUAUUCACGUACAUAGCGUUAUUCAUAUUUGCAUCAAACACAUUACUGAUGUGCUGUCUAGGUUUUCUUAUUAUAACCGCUAUAAGUACUGCUGAUAUCGGGGUGCAAAUGACGAAAUGUUUUUUAUUUUUCACAUUAGUAAACCUGGAGGCAUUCAUAUUUUGUUACGCUGGAGAAUAUUUGAAUAGUAAGAGCAAAGAUAUCGGAUUUGCAACGUACAAUUGUGCAUGGUACAAUUUGAAAUCUAAACACAGUCGCAUUUUGUUACUGGUAAUAUUACGAUCACAGGAACAAUUAAAGCUAACAGCUGGCAAGAUAAUGGAUCUCAAAUUAGAAACUUUCACAAGUCAUGAUCGAAUAAUCGUCCGCAGAAAAUUCGUGGAGACUAUGAUGUUAAUCACGGACGACUGGAAUGAUUGCGCUGAGAAUGAUAUCGACAUGCGCGUGAUGACAGACAAGGCAAAGAUAUCAGAUCGUAUCACUAAUAUGAGUUUCAUCCUUCACACGGCGACUAUUGCUGCAUAUUCCUUCGGAACUCUUAUCGCUGAUAUCGAUAUUACAGAUAAAAUCGAGUUGCCGCAUAUCAACAAAUUAGAGCUUCCCUUCAGUGUUAAUACGCAACGAAUGUAUAGAUUAGUGUUAAUCACAGAAUUGAUAUUCAUGAUUUUUGCAAAUUGUGUGUCUGGUGUCAUAAAUAUUAUAUUUUUUGCUAUGAUUAUACAUGUAGGUGGUCAAAUGGAUGUUCUUCAACGUUUGUUGGCAGAAUUUAUUCCCAAAGGAAUUGAAAAUAAGCAAAAAUCAGUCGUUAUAUCACCAAACAAGAUUAUUUUAAAACAUCAAAAAAUUAUUCAAUUUUCAGAAUGUAUCGAGAGCUUGUAUACCUACAUUGCAUUAUUGAUAUUCGCGUCAAACACAAUACUGAUGUGCUCUCUAGGUUUUCUUAUUGUAACAGCUAUUGGUACUGCAGAUAUCGUGGAACAAUUGUCGAAAUGUGUGUUAUUUUUCACAUUAACAAACCUGGAGGCAUUCAUAUUUUGUUACGGCGGAGAAUAUUUAAAUAGUAAGAGCAAUGAGAUCGGAUUUGCAACGUACAAUUGUGCAUGGUACAAUUUGAAAUCUAAACACAGUCGCAUUUUGUUACUAGUAAUAUUACGAUCACAGAAAUGUUUAACUCUAACAGCUGGCAAGAUAAUGGAUCUCACAUUAGAAUCUUUUACAAGUAUUAUGAAUGCUUCGGGAUCAUACUUAUCGGUAUUAUUAGCAAUGCAAUAA